GCUCGGUAGUUAAGUGCCAUGGGGAAAUGUAACGCGGAGAAGUGGCGCUAGCCUUGUCACGGAAACCCCGUUGAACCCUGAUGUUUCUGGGGCUUGGCUGUCCGGGGUCGAGCAUCAGCCGUAAUUCAUAAUGCUCAUCUUCCCGCUCCCCGUCCGCUUUCUUUUCCCGUCCGCUCUUACUGUCGGCUCUGCGCGCUGCAUUUUACUGUAUAUGAUUCACCUUACGGACAAAUUUGCUGGACGACGCGCUCUGCCGGAGCAACAUACCCUAUCUCCAACCUCCUCUGAGCGAAGCCAUUACUCACCCAGUCGCUUAGCCGUUGGCAUCUUUACUCCGAAACACAUCUGCGCUUCGGGAAAAGAUGGCCUCCCCGGAAAAGGGCACCACCAAUGGCGAGGUUGCCCAUACGGAGGACGCCAACAGACGCUACAGUGAAACUGCCCGGAACCAAUCCGUAGUGUCGAGCGUGACAGCGGCCGACCGCGCACGGCGAAAUGCCAACGCAAAGCUCGCAAAUCCUUUGGCGGGCUACAGCCGUGCACGCCUGGAGAAAAUGGGUCGAGAGUAUGCGUUAGAACAUGCUCUCGCUGAGCCUGAGGAUAUACGCGCAUUCCAAAUUGGCGCAGUGCUUGCACAAGACCCGCUACAUUUCGACAAGCUAGGAACCAACACCCUCUCCGCAGAGGAAACCAGCACUCUACAAAAAGAGUUCACUUCAAAGUGGUCGCAGCCAAAGCUUUUAUACGUGGUGAUUAUACUUUGCUCCACUUGUGCAGCAGUGCAGGGCAUGGAUGAAACGGUCGUAAACGGAGCCCAGCUCUUUUACACCCCACAGUUUGGCAUCGACAAUGGCGAUUCUCGCUCUACUUGGCUCACCGGUCUUGUCAACUCGUCGCCUUACCUCUGCUGUGCUUUCAUUGGAUGCUGGUUGACCGUACCCUACAACCACUGGUUCGGGCGCCGUGGCACCAUAUUCAUCACGUGUCUGUUUUCGGCUAUCGCUUGCUUCUGGCAAGGUUUCGUCAACACUUGGUGGCACAUGUUCGUUGCUCGCUUCGCUCUGGGCUUUGGUAUCGGCCCCAAAUCUGCAACCGUACCCAUCUAUGCUGCCGAAUGCACACCACCGGCAAUUCGUGGUGCCUUAGUCAUGCAAUGGCAGAUGUGGACCGCUUUCGGUAUCAUGCUCGGCUACGUUGCUGACCUCGCGCUGUACGGUGUUCCCGAUACUUCAAAUGUCACUGGACUCAACUGGCGUCUGAUGAUGGGCUCCGCAAUGCUACCGGCCGUCGUCGUUUGCUGCUUCGUUUUCAUGUGCCCUGAGUCGCCCCGUUGGUAUCUUAGCAAGGGCCGUCACGCCUCUGCUUACCACGCCAUGUGCCGCCUACGUUUCAACAAGAUCCAGGCUGCACGAGACCUGUUCUACAUGGCCGAGCUGCUCAAAGCCGAAGAGGGCAUGAAAAUUGGACAGAGCAAGAUUAAGGAGCUCUUUGUUGUUCCUCGCAACCGCAGGGCGAUGAUUGCCUCGGAGAUUGUCAUGUUCAUGCAGCAGUUCUGUGGUGUAAAUGUCAUUGCGUAUUAUUCGUCCUCGAUCUUCCAAGACAGCGGCUUCAGCGCAAAGUCUGCCCUGGCCGCCUCCCUUGGCUUCGGUGUCAUCAACUUCCUCUUCGCCAUUCCCGCCGUCUACACCAUCGAUACGUUCGGACGACGCAACCUCCUGCUCUCUACCUUCCCGCUUAUGGCCGCCUCUCUGCUGUUUACAGGCAUGUGCUUCUUCAUCGACAACACGCCUGGCAGCUCAGCGCUGAGAGUGCGUGUCGGACUGAUUGCACUGGGCAUCUACAUCUUCGGAAUGGUGUAUUCUCCCGGCGAAGGCCCCGUGCCAUUCACCUACUCCGCGGAAGCAUACCCGCUGUACGUGCGCGCGUACGGCAUGUCCCUCGCGACAGCAACAACAUGGUUCUUCAACUUCGUGCUAUCAGUAACAUGGCCUUCACUGCAGGACGCCUUCCGACCACAGGGUGCAUUCGGGUGGUACGCAGCCUGGAACGUGGUCGGCUUCUUCCUGGUGCUGUUCUUCCUGCCCGAGACCAAGGGCAAGACGCUCGAAGAGCUGGACCAGGUCUUCAGCGUGCCGACGCGGCAUCAUGCUGCAUAUGGCCUGCGCCAGGUCGGCUAUUUCUUCCGCCGCUACAUCUUGUUCCAGAAAGUCCAGCCUGAGAUCCUCUACCAGAUGGAGGAUAUGCCGCAGGAUGGCGCGCGCGCGGAGGACUUUGGCUCUGAUGACGCAGCCGGCUUUGAGGUCCCGGGCAAGGAGGUCUCGCCGCAGAGGCGUGACUUGACGUAGAUGGAGUGGAGGGUUAGAGCGCGCGCGUGGGGGUUGUGCUUAUGUGCAGUGGUAAAGCGAGAGUAAAAGGGGGGACUCGCGCCUCUAAUUCUUCGUUUCUUUUAAUAUACGUCUGGAAUCGCGUCAGUGCGCUGAUGGACUUGGCUGGAGAGAGUGUGUUGGAGGAUGGACGGUGUAUUUACUUUUAUCGAAUUGAUACCCCCUCGCCACACAGCGAGGGCUUGCUUUUUGCGAAC